UACUGUGUCCUACUGGCGACAUAAUCUGGCAAUAUCCAGUGUUAAUGGAAGACAUUUUUUUGAUAUAUCUUGAAAGUACUAAUUUAUUGAAUAACUUGUCAUAACGUGUCAACUGACAGUUGAUUUGAUUGACCGCCCACUCGUUUAUUGUUGUUGUCAUAAUUUUUGUGAUGUCUUUUCUCGUAAGCAAAAUAUAAAAUUAAACCAUGUAGAAAAAAGUGAAAACCCAAAAAUUAUUCCCGUUAUGUAAACAAUGUCUUUUCCAAAACCCAGUUUUUUUCCUAGAAAAAAAGAAAAUCCUAAAGAUGCGAAAAGAAAAAAUAUCGGUAUGGAGCUUGACAUGGACGAGAGCGUAAAGCAAAUCAUCGAUUCCUCCAAAAAAUGCUCCUCGAUUCUUUUGGAUGUAACCGUUAUACGCCCCGCUGAAGAAACCAACAACAGCAAUAAAAAAUUUGUAACUCAAACCAGUACAUUAAACAGCUCGCAGGUAAGAAAGUUGAUUGCGUCUAUGGAGAUGGGCAAUCAUGACAAGAGUAAGUUGUUGGAUAAGAUUUUUGGGCAGAGAUCUAAUGAUUGUGUCAUGAAAAUAUCCAAGCACGUGACUACACCUAUUACAGAUGGAACUUAUCCCCCAGACAUUUUUAGCUCAUUAAGAAGGUCUGAAACAAUUCCAGCAAAAAGAGAUACACACAGAUCUUCCUUACCUUGGGAUAGAUUUUACAAAAAGUGUAACUGCUCGGGUAGCCUGCAUCAAACGCUGUCAAAAAUAUCCUCAGGAGUUGUUUUGAACAGAACCAGCUCUGAAUGUUGUUUAUCGAACCGAAGAAUAGACGGGGAUGGAGACCAGCAUAAUAUGCAGCACAUUUACACAACAGCCAAAUCCUUUAACUUAAAGAACGUGUUUGCUUGCAAGAACAAAAACAGUUACGAAAAUAAGAAUGAAGACCCUUGUAACUGCCAAAACUGUGCAAUUUUAAACGUGAUAGAAGAUACUCAGAAGAAACCUAUGUUUGCUGGACCCAUUGAAGCCAGCGGUUUCGAAGAAAGGCGGCAUUUUAGGAGUAGAAAGUAUCCAUCCGAACACGCCAUCUGCAAUCUACAGUAUACUCAAUUAACAAAGAAGAUAAAUGAGCUUGAAGAGCGUUUGGCAGCGCACGAAGAAAGAUCCGUUGCCAAAGACUAUUUUAAAAGAAUCAUUACCAAGCUUGUUACUCACAUAACGAAAAUUACGAGUGGUGGUUCUCAAGAUAAAAUUCACACCACCAAUCAUUACCGCGAAAAGUAUCCUGAGAAAUAUACUGAAAGAUAUGUCGAUCAUUAUUCUGAUAAAUAUCAAUAUCGUAGCACCUUUGAUCAAAGGUACCACGUGAAUCCAAUGUUGUUUUCGGAUUCAACCCCACAAAAAGAAAUGAAAUCUUUAAAUUCCAUUGAAAAAGAAACUUGCGAUUCAAACACUCAAUCAGAUGAUAUCGACGGUUUUUGGAAGUGGGGUGGUGAAAUAUUGAGACCGGGAAUCGACUUGAAGAAUAAAAUUGUACAGUUGAUGGAAGAUUAUUUGCAGAGAAAAAAAACUGGCCAACCAAAGGGAGCAGAUUUUGGUGCUAAUAUGGAAAAGAAUGAUCGCGACAAAGAAAUUAAAAUCUACGUGGAUGUUAUAUCCAAUAAUUUGCACCAUAAAAAUAUUAGCAACGCUUCUACACCUGUGAUAUACAUUACUAAAUCCGGAGUUUACAAGAAGGACAAAGAUAAGUUAAACAAAUGUAAACGAAAUGAACCCGAUGUGCUUCUUAAUAAAAAAGAAUACAAAGCCAGAGAUGUGAAUGUAGCUUAUGUGAACCCUAAUAUUAAGUCAUGGACUGAAUAUUCUCUAUCGACAUCUUUGGGAUCUUCAUUUAGCGACCAAGUCGAAUAUGAACUUUGCAAAGAAAAAUUUAAAGAAAUUCUUUCGAAUACAAAGACCGAAGGUAAGAAGAGAUUGUGGAAUACAAUUUGGAACCAAGCGGUCAUAAACGGUCAGAAAAAGAAUGACUUUGUCACUAUUCAAGUUCCAAAUGGAAGUAACGAAGUUAUGGAAAUGUAUUAUACAAUCGCAGAACUGGAGAAUAUCCUUACAAAUGACCAUUCGAACGCGAGUAAAAAUCCUCGUAAUUAUUAAUUAUUAUCCAGUAUAAAUAAAAAAUCAGUUUUUUAAAUAGAUUUAUUCAUAACAGUAUACAAAAAUCGAAUGUAUCACAACGUUAUGUGAAAGGGAUUUCUUUUGUAAUAUAAACUAUUUUAAUACAUUCUCACUUUAAUACAAUAUCUAGUUACGUAAUAAUUAAUAAUUUAAUAAUGUUCUUAAAGAUGUAGUAUUCUAGUUUAAAUUUAAUUAGUGCCAAUAGUAUUAUAAGCUAAAAGGCAAAUGCGAUAAUCAACAAUAGUAAUUGAUAGUAAUUUUGAUUACAUAUAAAAACGUCGCAGGCUUAAUUUAUAAUAAUAACUUUAAUUUUUACAUUUAUCUACAUUUUCUAAAGUUUAUUAAUAAGGGUAAGUAUAUAUUAUAAAUUAAGCUCGUGAUGUACAAUGGAUCGAAGCACUUGUACUUAUCACUUGAGAUUGAGCUUAUGAUUUGACAAGGAGGGAUGAGUUUAUGUUUGAAGUGUUUUUUUAUCUACACAGGAAUGUUGCCUUUUUGACUGCUACGUCGGCGGCUUAACUGCUUCCAAAAACGUCGGUCUAGACGUUUAUC